UUAAUAAAUCGGCUGAAACCAAUGCUACGAAAACUCCACAAUCACCUGCUUGGGAGCUUGCCGAUGCUCCCGAUGCUAAGAUUCCUUCAGCGGCCGUGGCCGGGGUCAUGUUUAGACCUGGAGAAACAGGUGGGAUGGUCACAGGAGGAUUACACGGUCCCCCAAAAGUCGCGGAACAGUCCAUCUCCUCCGAUACCAAGCCUAAGUCUACUCAACAAAAGGAUUCUUUGCUCAAGAAUGAAAAAAUCACUUAUGGCGAAUUAAUGCGGGCGCUUGAUGACCUUCGAAGUGAGCUAGCGAAAAAUAUCGGCAGCGUCGCCGACAAAGCCAACCAGACCGCCGAGAACGCCGCCAAGACUGCCAAAGCUCUUGCUGGACAGUUGCAAGGAGUGCUGGAUAUAGAGAAUCGUGUAUCGACGAUGAAGAGUUUGGUGCAGGACUACUCCGAGCAGCUCCACGGGUUCGAUUCCGGACUGGCUACACAGAUUCAAGGUUUCCAAGAUCAGAUGGACCAAAUGCGGCACGAUCUGACCGCGGGGCUGAUGCAACUGAGCGCCGUGAACACCAACGUCGAGACCGCGGCUGUGAUGGAACUGAAUGAGCACUACGAGGCGCUGGUGUCCGAGCUGGACAGCACCCUCUACUUGCAUUCUGGGCUCACCGCGUAUCAGCGCCAACUCAGCGAUGAGCUCAGGAGUCUAGUAGAGUGCGUGGAAAUGAUGCGUGAAGAAAAAGCUGAUCGCGAUGAAAUAUUAGACGGGCUUAAGGACAAGGCGGACAACUCUCGCCUAAUUGGUCUGUUGACGGAGAAGCAAUUCGAAGAGGCUAGAAAGGAUCUUGAAACAAGAUAA